UUAACUGUCAUUCGCGAGAUGGACCAAAGUGCAGAGAAGGAUUCAUUCCUCCAUAUUUGUAUAGCCAUGAGCUUAGCCAUCGGUAAUUUUUCAAGCCGUAAAUAAAGAGUGCAAAAAUGACCGAAUAAAACUGCUAAAACAAUGCACUAACAACGGUAGUGGCACGGCUGCUGUGGAAAUUGUCAGUGUUGUGUGCGUUGUAAGUGCUCGGGUGUAUCGAUUUUGCGUUCGACACCAUCGAAUGUAUCGUCUUCGUUUGGUGCACUCUUCGACCAGUGACUGCGGUAAAGGAUCUGCGUAUGUAAAAAAAAGUUAGGUGUUCGUAAACCGUUCCCGUUCGUAAACCUUGUGCGCGAAACAUUUUCCUAGCGAAAAGUGCAUCCGGGGCAAGAAAAUGUGUAUGGCGCUAAUGCUGUAGCGCUGCGGUUGCAUAUUCGCGGAAGGUAAUUUUGCAUGGAUCGGUGAGCCUUCUUCCCGUGAGAAAAAGUCAACGCACAGAGAAAGAAGCAGAAAAAGUAGCCCGUCAUAUAAUAGCUCCUGGGUGACGGCGGGGAAGGAAGAGUGAUGCAAGUGUAAAAUUUCUGUGUGUGUGUGUGCGUGCGUGUAUCUGCCUAGCCGAAUACGGUGUGUAUGUGUAUAUGUGUGUACGUGCUUAUACUAUCUGUAUGCAUGGUUGAUCCUGCCAGCCAGCUUCCUGCCAGUUUCGCGACCUGCUCGCUACCGGUUGUGCGUAGUGCGAAAAGUUCCCGUCAAUCUUGCGCUAAUGUCCCUGGUGUGCAAUGGGAAUGUAUCGAAAGCCGAAUAAUAAUAAUCUGAAUCAGUGUACAGUGAUUUCCACGACGAACGUCAUUGUGUUUCAUGUACUGUGGAUGUGCUAGAACAGCUGCGAAAUAUCAUUCUGGAUUAAAAAUCUGGCUUUUGAAAAUAUGUGAAAUAGAACCAGUAAAUAAAAUACUCAUAUCCAUACUAUCGAGCGGUGCUGUGUUAGUGUAACAAAAAUAUGGAAUUCACUUUAAGAAGAUGUUAAUCAAUUAAAUGAAAAUAAGUUUACCAGUUAUUAUAGUGGUGUAAUGUUAAUAUAAGAUGAAAUGUGAUGGCCUUACAGCAAUGACAAACAAAUGCAAUUGAUACGAUUAUUCAAUUUGUCUGAUUAAAAUGGUAUUGCUGGCCCAAGGGCCGUGGCCCUUCGAUACUGUUGCCCAACUGCAAAGUAACUGGAAGCUUGAUCAAAAUACAACCGGCUACCGUAGUUGCUAUCGUUACCCGUGCACUAUUUCAUCCGAAUCAUCGAGCGUUACGUCCACCAGUGACUGUACCAUCAAGAAGCGAUUAAACGAUAAGCCAUUCUUCCAAAGGACAACCGAAUCGCCCGUUGACGUAUUAACACUACCAGUAGGAAGAGUUUUCCGUGAACCGUCCUGGUCUGCGUUAUCAUUGCAGUUGAACGUCGCCACUAACGUGACCAGACCGAACCGGUGGCAAAGAUUGUUGAUGGGCCCGCUGGCGGCGGAAGCCCCGCAUUCUUUCACUGCAUGGAUUCAAUGAGUCGCAACGAGGCGAACAGCAGCAGCCACCACCAAAACAAGGUGGUCUUAAUGAAUCAAGGAACUGAUAGCAAUAACGAAGGAGCUAAUAAUCUAACAAGUAGCGGUAGCAGCGUUAACAGCAGCGGCGGCACCAACAGCCACAGUAACAGCACACGAGGCAACAGCACUAGCAGCAGUAGCAGUAGUAGAAACAACCUUAUUAGUAUUAGCGGUAGUAAGAGCAAUAGCGGUGUCAGUGACGGUAACCCUGGUAACGGCGAUACACUCGGCGGCAAAGCGAACCAACCGACGCAUCCCACUAUUCAUCAGCAUCAUCGUCUUCAGCAGCAUCCCGUGUCGGCUGCACUCGAUCAUCCUGCGUCGGUCGAAACCGAUCGUGGUAGCUAUAACGCAAUAGUGGGUGUUGUGGGGGUGGUACCGACUGUCGUUUCCUCCUCAUCAACGGCAGAUAUCAAAGAUUCGAACUUUGACGACGACAACGAGUGGGACGUCGGAAUUGGUGAUUUAAUAAUCGAUUUAGACGCCGACAUUGAAAAGACUGGUGCGAAUCAGCAACAGAUACAGCAGCAACAGCAGCAGCGACAGCAACUGCAGCAGCAGAAUCAACACGCGUCCAGCAGUAGCUGUACGACUCCCGUUGGUGGUGUGCUGCAAUUCCUAUCAACCAGCGGUGGUGGUGGCAGUAGCAGUAGUGGCAAUAGCGGUGAGCCAUCAACAGCUGCCAUAUCUUCCGUGGCUACUCAUAGCAAUCAGGCACGAGGCGGAAACGCUUCGGUGAAAGGCCGAAAAACCAGCCCGGUUAGUGUGUCAAGUGACGCUAGAGAAAAAACUGCUUCCUCCGGACCGGGAAGUAGCGCUAGCGGUGGUAGUAGCUCGAAAGGACACCAUCAUCAUCAUCACCACCAUCACCACCAUCAUCAUCACCAUCAUCGGCACAAACAACAGCAGCAGUUGAGCGGUAGUAGCAGUAGUAACAGCUUGAGCGCAGGAGAUAAAAGUGGAGAAUCACAAGGUAGUAGUAGAGUUCGUACCUCAAGUAAUACAUCUACGGGUGGUUCAUCAGCUGUCACAUCGCACUCUGCCGAGUCUGGCUCUGUAAGUGCUGCGCCAACAUCUGCAGGAUCAGGAAUAAGAUCUGCUACGGGAAACGACACUCCCGAUAGUGGUGGUUCACGUGGAGAAUCGACUCACACAUAUACGAAUACCCACGGUGGUAGUCGAGGCAAACAAAACGCACCUGGAAGCAGCAGCAGCAGCAACAGCAGCAGCAGCAGCAGCAGUGGUGGCAAUAGUAACAACAGUACCAGCAAUACCACAAUGUCUUCGACUACCAGCAGCUCGGGUAGUAAGUCAACGACCAAACUGUCCGUUGACCAUCAAGCAACCCUAGAUAAGGGGCUUAAAAUGAAGAUCAAGCGUACGAAACCAGGCACAAAAACAUCCGAAGCAAAGCAUGAAAUUGUCAAAUCGGAUCAAAACGGCACCACACCUACAACGGCAACGUUAAGUUCCGGCGGUGGUACGGGUGUAAACACGACGGGCAUUGGAUCGUCCGGUGCCCUAACAAGCACGACUGGUGUAACGGGCAUGACCACAGCAUCUCUAGUAGGCACUGGCUCGAGUUCCUUGACAGCUGGUGUAGGUGCAUUAGGGGGUGGAGGACCUACCAUGAACGUCAGUACCGGUGGAGGUACAACGGGUGGUCAUUUAACGACUGAUUCCGAUAGUACGGGUAUGGGUGGUGGUGGCACCAUCGGAACGGCCGGUGGAGUGGUGGGAAGUGGAGUUGGAGGAGUGAUGAAUACGGGAUUAAAUUCGGCUGCAGGUGGUGGCCAUCCAACCAGCGGAUCGGGUGUGAUCGGAUCUGGUGUCAAUUGUGGCAAUCCACUCCUCAAUAGCAACACACCCAAUGGCAGUAAUAACAGUAAUUUAAGCAUGAAUAACAGUGGCAGUGCUGGUAGCAACAGUGGCAGUGGGAGUAACAUCAACACCGGCAGUAUCGUUCUGGGUAGCUCGGGAAAGAAGCAUUCGUCACAGUCCGCCAGUGUUGGUACCAUCGGUGGUAACAAUAGCAAUAGUGGUAACAGCAAUGCCCAACAGCAGAUGGGCUCUAAUAUCCUUGCGUCGCAACAACAGCAACAGUCCCAGCAGCACCAGCAACAUCAACAACCGGCCCAGAGUUCAAACAAACGCGGCAGCAGCAGCCACCGGCGAGACAAGGGAAAGGAUAAAACUACACACCACAAUCAGCGUGAUAAGAAUGAGCAGUUGCAACAGCAGCAUCAAGCAGCCGGUGGCACUAGCGGACCAGCGGAUAUUGGAAUUGGUUCCAGUGGACUAACCAGUAGCCGAUCCACGAGUAGUAGUAACUGCAUUUGCGUGGUCAAUCACGAUGUGCAAGUAAACGGGUUACUCCAGCAGCAACAGCAACAGCCCUGUUCCAGUGCAUCCUGUAUAUAUGCUAAGUCCGGAAGCAAUAAUGCUGAUCAUGGUAAUGCUGGCAGCAUAACACUCGGGUCAUCGCACCGAAUAGGAGCAGGAGGAAUCAUUCCAGGAAGCUUAAGUGUUGGCACGGGUACAAACUCUGGAAGUGCUACUAGCGCCCCGAACGCUCCUGGUCCACCGGUGCUAGGCAAGGACAUCAAUAAGCUAUUAAACCUAAAUGUUCCUAGCACAGGAACACAUAAUUCCAGUGGAACUAAUACCAACAGUAGCAGUAUAACCGGCUCCGGUAGCAGUAACAUUGCGAAUGUCAACAAUAUGCAUGCCGGUGGAACCGGUGUGCUAAAAGCUCAACUACAGGCAGGCUCCAUGGCUGGAACGGCUAGCGAUGCUGGCGGAACGACGACAACCAACAUGAUGGGUGUGGGAAUGUUUGGCGGCAGUGUUGCAUCUUCGCCCAACCUCUCGGCCGCUCUGUCAGCGCACGACGAUAAAAGUGGUUCGAGCCCACCACCCGCCAAGCGUCACAAAGGCGAACGGAAGGAAAUGGUAGACGUUUGCGUUGGUACGUCCGUUGGCACAAUAACCGAACCGGACUGUUUGGGUCCCUGCGAGCCAGGCACGUCCGUCACGCUGGAGGGAAUUGUUUGGCACGAAACGGAAGGUGGUGUUUUGGUGGUAAACGUUACUUGGCGGGGCAAAACCUACGUCGGGACGUUGAUCGAUUGUACCAAACACGAUUGGGCACCUCCUAGGUUUUGUGAUUCUCCAACCGAAGAAUUAGACUCGAGAACACCAAAAGGACGCGGAAAAAGAGGACGAAGUUCAGCAUUGCUGCCAUCGAACGAUCUUAGCAAUUUCACAGAAACGCGAAGCUCGAUGCACAGCAAGUUGAGAAAUGGUGGUUCGAAGGGACGAGGAGGCCGAGGGGGCAUUAUCGAGACGAAUGCGGCAAGCGGUGGUGCAACCGGUAGUGCAAAACUUCCAACGCUCUCUGCCAGCGCAAAUGUGGUUGGAGCGGGCAACAAUGGUGGAUCGCUCGGUGCCACCAAUACACCCUCCACAUCUCCCGUAGCUUUUCUUCCACCGCGGGCAGAAAAGCGCAAAUCAAAAGAUGAGUCUCCUUCUCCACUUGGUGCCGGUAGUGGUAGUGGCACCACCGGUGGCGUUGGCAGUAAUAAUGGUGCUUCGAACACCAUGAGCAAUAAUGUGAUAAACCCGGCGUCUGUAAAUAUGGCAGGUUCCGGUAGCUCCGGCAAUGGAGGAAAUGGUUUUAACAAUGGUUCCAACACGGACGGUGGUCACACGUCGAACGCCGCGUCGAUCGUUAACCUCGUGACGGGUUUGAACGUGCAGGUGGCCGGUAGCGGUACAAGCAGUGGCGGUGGAUCGGCCUGUAAAAAGGCGAAAAGCAGCACCGCGGCAUGUGCUAUUUCACCGGUAUUACUUGAGUGUCCUGAACAAGACUGUAGCAAAAAGUACAAGCACGCUAACGGGCUAAAGUACCAUCAGAGUCAUGCACAUGCUGGCAGUGCCUCUUCGAUGGAUGAGGAUUCAUUGCAAGCACCCGAGUCACCGCAACGGAUAGCACCUUCGCCAACCACCAACAAUGCGGCACCGUCACCCCUGUCCAUGGUCGUCGGUAGUAACACAGCUCUUCCUACAUCAGGCACAGGUGGUGGCGUCGGUGGUAGUGGGUCGUCGUCUGCGGGCAACAACAGUGAACUCGUGCUGGCCCUAUCUACCACGUCGGGUGGUUCAGGUUCCAGCUCUGCCAUAGCGACAUCAUCUGCUCCUUCACCAUCACAAACAGUGUCCGGAUCUGCUUCCUGUAUUUCAACCGUGUCUAGUCAAUUGUCACAACAAAAUUUAGCAUCUAAACAACAGCCUCUUGGCCCAAGUGGUGCCAGCACAAUCAACAAUGGAACUGUUGGGGGUAGCAUGAGUUCGCAAGACGCUAGCUCAGCGGCAACCCAUACAGCAAGUAACAUUUUACACCAGUCAUCAACUACCGAUCAAAUGCCACCAUCUGGUGCAUCCCUCGGAGGCAGUGAACAGCAAGAUGUUGGUCACGGUUCCACUGGAAACGCUGACAUGGCAGAUGGCGGUCCAACAUCUAUGAAUGAUGAAGAUCCAAGUGUAAGUGUGACAGGAGGAAUGAAUGCUAAUGCGGUAUCAUCGGUUGCAAUAGCACGAUCGCCGGCAGUUAACAUUGGAAUGUUGUCAAAUGCUACAUCCGCUCCUUCUACGCCGAUGGAUGCCCAUAAACCUCCGCACAGCUACGCUAAGCAGAAGAAAAGUCGCAAAUCGCCCGGUCCAUCUACCAACACCGAUUAUGACUCAUUGGCUUCAUCGGCGGCUAAUCGCACGGAAGACGUUCAAAGUCCAGCUUACAGUGAUAUUAGUGACGAUUCCACUCCCGUUACCGAUGCGACAGAUCUGCCCAUGGGAGCUGAAAAAUCAAAAGGAUCUCAUCUGACGGAAGGCACCAGGAAAACGAACGAAGCACCGGUAGAAUCUGUGAACAAUCCUAGCAACAGCGCUCCAAGCACGGGUGGUCCCCUUGGACCAUUGUCCAGCUAUGGGCUUUAUCCAUAUUAUGCCCAUCAGCAACCACCUCCGCCACCACCACCGGGCGGUCCGUACUUUCCCACGGCGGCAGAUCUGGGUGCGAAUAAGCCACCGCCGCCACCACCAAUCGGUUCGGUCCCAUUACCUCAUGGUGUAGCAGCAAACAUUGCGCCUCCGUCUGCCUCCGUCACUGGAGGACCACUCGAGUAUAGCAAAAAUAAGGAGCCGCCGUUGGAUCUUAUGAACAAACCAAACAACACAGGACCACCACAACCACAUCCAAUGCAUCAAUCGCAACCUCCACCAUCGGUAUUGCCACCGCCACCAUCGUUAGCACCAAGCGGACCACCUACUGGACCGGAUGGUGUUCGGACGGCCGGUGGGCUAAUGUUAAAUCCUUCGAUAACCGCCGGAUUGAACCCGAUGGGAGGUGGUAAUGAUGUGAAGGAUGGUUCCAUGUUAAAUGCUGGUCCUCCUCCACCACCGGGCGGAAAAGUAUUACCACACUACUAUCCUUACGGCUAUGUUCCACCCGGUUACAAUUAUCCUGGUCUCGAUGCUGGUUAUGGUCAGCUCUCGGUAAUAUCGGACGAAACAAAACACAGUCCGGUCGUUACAGUCAAGGAGGAACGGUUGAAAGAGAGCCAAAGUCCUAGCGAGUAUAGUAAACUGGGUGCUUCACCGCUCAUGGCCUCAAAACUCAUAAAAUCGGAAUCUACGAAAGACAUAAAGACUGAACCUGGCCUAAGUGGAAGUGGCGGUCCAUCACUACACGGACCCGGCUUGCAUCCUAAGGAUCCGCAACAAGUUGGCCCAAAUCAACAACCGCCUUCCCUACCACCACAAUCCCUCGGUCCAUAUGGUAGCAUGUUCCGACAUGGACUGGGCGUCGGUCCACCACCCGGUGGUCCUCCACCACCAUCCCACAUCGCAACGUCGAGAGAGGAAGAUCUUAGAAGAAUGUUCAGCUACGCUGAUCAACGACGCAAUCCUCCACCAUCGGGUCAUCCCGGCGGUCCACCAGGUUUGCCGCCCGGACUGAAUCCAAAGGAUGAACCACACUCUCCGUCAUCGCACGGGCAAUCACAACAGCAAUCCGGAUUGCAUGGACAAUCGCUGUCGGGUCAAGGUUCGGGCAAAAGUUCGAAGUCUUCUUCGGGACAAAGCUCAUCGUCGUCAUCGUCCGGUGGAGGCAGUAGCAAGGGAAUGGGCAAAGGUUCGGACAGUGGUAGCGGAAGUAUCAAGCAGGAGGACAAAGAAAGCAGUGCGCUGAAACUGAAACAGCAGCAACAGCAGGAGGGCCAAAAACCGACGAUGGAAACGCAAGGCCCACCGCCACCGCCAACGUCACAGUACUAUUCACCUUCGCUCUACAUGAGCGCCUCACCGUUUGGGUUUGAUCCGAACCAUCAAAUGUACCGACAGAUGUUGGUUUCGACUGCGCCGUACUCGGCCGCACCGUACCAUUUGCAAAUACCGCGCUUCAAUCACCCGCCCGAGGAUCUGUCCCGGAAUCAAAGUACGAAAGCGCUUGAUCUGCUGCAGCACCAUGCAAGUCAGUACUACAACUCACACAAGAUACACGAGCUUAGCGAGCGCGCAAUGAAAAGUCCGACCAGCAACAGCGUUAAAGUAAGCGUAUCAAGUCCCAAUCUCUCGCAGCAACCAGGUUGCCAAAAUCCUAAUCUAUGCAUUCCUCCACCAAACAGUAGUAGCGCAGGAUUGUCUUUACAGCAACAACAGCAGCAGCAGCAACAACAGUCAGUUGCUGCCGCACAACAACAAUCAGCAAAUUCUAGUGGUGGCGGUGGUGGUGGUGGUGGUGGCGGUGGCGUUGGGGGAGGCGGUGGUGGUGGUGGUGGGCCACCACCAUUACAGCAAUCAUCGCAACCUCCUUCAGCGGGAAACCAUAUGCAAGGAAACUCAGUAAAUAGCAAUAGCGGGAGCAGUGGUAAUGUAAAUAGUGGAAACAGCGGUGUCAGUGGUGGUCCUGGUGGAGCGAAUAAUGCUGGCGGUAAUGCUGGCAGUGGUAAUUCUGGUGGUGGUAUUGACGGCCAAGGUAAAGAUCACAGUGGAGGCGGUAGUUCCGGCAGCUCCCAACAGCAAUCUUCCUCUGGUGGGGGUGGUGGUUCCAGCAGUGGUGGAAAUGCCGGAACACGAAGUCCACCACCACAACGUCAUGUGCACACACACCAUCAUACCCACGUGGGACUUGGUUACCCGAUGUUUCAAGCACCAUACGGAGCCGUACUAGCGAGCCCUCAGGCAGCGGCCGUUACUGUGCUAAGUCCCUUCCAGACGGGACCACCUACCAAGUGAAGCAAGAAAACGUAUCGGCCCGCCAAAUAAGCACCGACGGAUUGGCAGCAGCGCGUGUUCCUUUUUGCAGUUGGGUUGUAUAUGUGCGUGUAUGCACGCGCGUAUGUAUGUAUGUAUGUAUGUGUGUGUGUGAUAAACAUAUGACUUACGAUCCCAAUGCUCGCGUUUCCCGCAAACCAUUCACUCUAUUAUCAUAACUGUCGCUAUGAAGCAACAGGACAGCGUACGGUAGGAAGUAAAAGGAAUGCUUUUCUUAGCGAUAACACAGGACGAAGCAAAUCAUUUACCUUGCAGACGAUUGGUAGUAAUUUAAAGCGGACCAGUUCAGUUCAAGUAGCGUAUUUAAUGGUGUAAUCACGUAGUAAAAUUCGUACGAACCUUCUAUCAUUUGCGUGGGUGACAUAGAGCUUACAUACAGGCAGAUUAGAUUUUACUCUAAUGGGCAAAAAUUGGGUCGGUAUUGUACACUACAAAAGUCACCGCAACAGAAGUAUAUGUUCAAUUUCAUAUAGCGUUUGUAUGAUGAAAACGCGUGACAGGGUUUUUAUUGUUUGUUUUUUUUUUUGUAUUAAUUUGGCCUUAUUCCACACAAGACUGCGUUUUCAUUUGUUUUAUAUCCGUCACUGAUCUCACUGAUUAUGGAGUGGUGCGUCAUAGUGAUGGCAGCAGUGGGCAAUGUUUUCUACGCCGUCCAUAAGGACAUCGAUUGUAGUGCCCGAUAAGUAGACAGUUUGUCUUGUUGUAAUUCUUUUUCUUCUAUAAUUUUGUUCCGUUUUUUUGCCAAAUUCAUAAUUUGUUGUGUUGUUUCCACUUUUAAGAAGCACUUAAAAUACUGUUCAAAGUGUAGUAGCGCUCUAACUAAAAAGUCUAGCCUCUAAUAUAUGCAAAAGCAAAUCCAUUCAGCGGCAAAUGAUCAAUGUUAUUCGGUAGCAAAACAAAAAAAAACAUCAACAAAUGGUCCCCACAACAGUGCGAAGGGUGUAAAUAUUGAGCGCGCGCGCGCCUAUGUUGGAAUAAGCAAAAAAAUACUGUUUCGUGAUAUCAGAUCAAGUAUUAAAUUCACGAUCGAAGUUGUAUCGCACAGCGAACCGAUGAAAAUCGCUCGUUUGGGUGUCCAAUGGACUUCUCGCAAACUGCAAUGCAAGUGUAACAGCGGGAAAAAGAGAAAGGGCGUAUAAAUGAUCAUCAAAAUCGUUCGCUGCAAAGUGCAAAAUAGAGACGGAGCGAUGAUAAACGUGUCCAUAUGAUGUUGCAUUGUCGAUUUUUUUUUUUGGGAAGAACAGAACGAAAGAUUGGAUAGUAAUAUGCGGAAGACACGUUUGUGGAGGUGUGGCAUGUUGUUAUAUAUAUAUUCAUACGUAUAUUUUUGUACAAAAACAAGACGAAGCGAAUGUUUGGCAACGGUGCAAACAAUCCGGCAACGGUUGAUAUAAAUGCUGAGUAUGGUUAAAAGCAGUUAAACGUAUGGGGACAGUACAGCGAAUACAUAAUACUACAUAGCACGGCGCAAAAAACACACACACAUUAACCUUAGGUGCAGUUAAUCGAGUAACGCGUACUGGCAGCCCAAUCUGUGGCCAACUUAUGCGCGCAGCAUUUUGUUGUACAAUUUUGUAGAAAAUAAUUCAUAAGCGAUGAAUUAAUUAAACUAGCGGUUAGUGUGUCAUAUCGUGUAAGCAGAACCCUUGAUUUAGUAAAGGGAGUUUGUGCGUUUGUGAAGUUUGGAGGAACAGGAAUGCUGUAAUUAUGAAGUAUAAACCCUUUGGACCGAUAGUUGGUGGAAGUUUGUGUAUGUAUGCUACGUAUAUGUUAGAGAUGUAAAGUGCAAAAAGGGUCGAACGGUAGUGUGUAUAUCCUCGUAGGAACGCGCUGAGUGCGUUGAGUUAGCUUAAGUAAAAUAAGUUUACGCAAGUGUGCGCAAACAAACGAGACAAUGCUGUAAAUGGUUAGCGAAACAUAUAUAAUACAAAUGCAAAUCGUACAGAUGUGUAUGUGCGCAUAUACACAUUACAGGAAGAAGGUGGGAAGGUAACGUAACGUUUCCUUCCCGGGGGUUUGGGGUUGCAUUUCUUUAACACUUCUCAAAAUGGAUCCCCUUCGGUGGUCUUAUAGCCAAGAUGAUGACGUUGGGAUGACGUUGUGUUGUGGACACUUUUGGUAACUAGCCAACAUGAGGAACCACAAGACCGGGUUGUGGCUUGUGAUUCGUUUUAUGUAUAAUGCAUAAGUUGUGGAGAUAAAGUUGAAUAAUGAACCGGCAAGUCAAUCAAACAAUUUUGUCACACAGGCUAGAUAAAGCGAUCAUAGACAACAACCGCGAAUAAGCGGUUUUACCUAAGCGUUAGUCCACACUCAGUUACAUAUACACACAUUACAUGAAAACAGAGCGAACUGUUUCGAAUGAUUACUAAACAAAGAAGCUUUUAAAAGAGGAAUCGUAUCGAAAGUUGUGUAUUGUAUGUACAUAGAUAUAUAACUAUAACUCUGGAACCGUGUUUCGAUAAGUACGAUAAGAAUACGUACGUGUGUGUGUGUUUGUGUAAUUGUGUUACAAGAAUGAUUUCAGCGAAGUUAGAUGCUGCUGAACUCAGCAUGCAUUUUCCAAUGGCACAUCACACGCGCGCGAUGGUUUUGUUUAAAUGUAUUAUUAUUUUUCUCCUAUCUCCUGGAUAUAUGCGCUAGGGAAGGUUAUGGAAUGGUAACAUAUUUCGUCCAUUUCAAUGAGUAUCUCCAAACGUAACAAAUAUCAUUAUGUUUUCUGUGUGUGUGUGUGUGGUUUUUUUUCCUUUUGUUUAUCCCUUUGCUCUGUGAUGAUAAGAGCUGGCUGGGUAUUAGAACAUUCUUUAUUACAAAAAAAAACACAUCCAAAAGGGCCAAAACGCGCAUCAUUAUUCUGCUUUACACAAAAUGCUUUCGGUGUUCGGCGGGGAACGUUAAAUCUCGUAAGCAAGCUGCACACUCCUGCAGCCGCUGAAAGUAACAACAAUUUAUUUAAAACUAUUGUUUCCAAUCAGUACUACUACAUUACUACUAGCCCACAUUGCUGGCGCGAAUAUCUAUGACACAUAAUCUUCCUCUCCCAUGUGCGCGAACACACUUCUUAUGAUGGCGCAAUCCAACUAUCUGUUACAAAGUGUUUGCCGCGAAAUUGAAAAUGAAUAGAAACGGUUCAAUUUGCAGCGUAUGACGGCACAGUAAUACACCGAAACAGCGCUAAAAAACACACACACGCGGCAAGAGAGCGAAAAGGAACGAAAGCCAAUACCUCCUAGCUGGGGAGGUAUGAUAUGUGCUUCAAUACAAAACGUUUAUUAUUAAAACAAACGAAAAUGGCCACAGAAAAAUGCAGUAAGUUGAAUGUGUAUAAAUAAUUAUAAUAAUAAUAACUAUUAACUAAUAAUAAUAUUAAAAAUAAUUAUAACUGGAAACCCCUAGGCAUAACGAAAAUUACUAUUACUCUCGACAUUACCGAAUGUUUGCUUAUAAAUGUUCGGACAAAAUGAAUAAUGAAGAAAAAAAGGACAGACAUACAAAAUCUGCUAAAUGUGAAAAUUGCAAACCGCACAUACAAAAAAAGAAGAAAAACAUGGUAUAUAUAUAUAUAGAAAAGAUAUAUAUAUAUAUAUAUAUAUAUAUAUAUAUAUAUAUAUAUAUAUAUCAACAUAUAUAAAUAUGAAUAUAGCUCCUAUCAAAAUCAUACCUACAUAAUAUAUAUAGGAGGAAACAUUCCUUGUAUUGGAGUAAAUAAACAAAGUAAAACAAACAGAUCAAUACUGGAGAGUAAAAAACCAGAAACAGCAAGUACACACAUGGGCAAAAAAAAUUGAAUAAAAUCAAAAAUUUAAAAAUAAUUAAAA